AUGCUCAAAGAGCAAUUAGGUUACGAACCUGAAAAGAACCUUUCGCGUAAUCGUGGCUUAUUCACUUUACUCUUUCAAAGUUUAGCAAUUGCUGCAAUUCCGUACGGCGAAGGAGCUCCUUUGUUAAGCGCAAUUUAUGGAGGAGGUCAAUUAAGUAUCUUUUUGGGUUGGAUUAUCGUUUGUAUUUUGGACGAAUGUAUCGCUUUAAGUUUGGCUGAAUUGGCUUCCCGUUGGCCAACAAGUGCAGGUCCGGCUUAUUGGAGUUUUCAAUUAGCCAAAACAAACAAAACUUUGGCUGCUUAUGCUACCGGCUGGAUUUGGUUAAUCGGCAAUAUAACAAUCACACUUUCGGUCAAUUUUGGUUUCGCUUCUUUGAUUGGUGCAUGUGUCACUUUGUUCCAUCCAGAUUUCACUUUAACAGCAUGGCAAAUGCUUUUGAUCUUUUAUGCCGUUUGUUUGGGCACUUUGAUCAUUUGCAUAUUCAUGAAUCGUAUUUUGCCCUAUGUGGACACCCUUUGCGCAGGAUUUACAGCCGUAACGAUCAUCAUCGUCUUGAUCGCCUUAUCUACAACAGCAAAAGCCGGUCGUCAUUCGGCAGCAGAUGCAUUGGGCGCAUACGAUAAAAGCUUUGCCGGUUAUGGUGGAUUCACUUUCUUUAUUGGAUUAUUACCUGCCGCAUAUACCUUUUCUGCAAUCGGGAUGAUCACUUCAAUGGCCGAAGAAUGCAACGAAGCUGCAAGUCAAUUACCCAAAGCGUUGGCACUCGCUAUUCCAACCGGGUGCAUUGCCGGCUUGUUUUUCAUCAUUCCAAUUUGUGCAACUUUGCCUCCUUUGGCUGACAUUAUCGCAAAUUCAGGCGGUCAAGCUUUGCCUUAUAUCUUUGCAAGAGUUAUGGGUACGCCUGGAGGUGGUGUUGGUCUAACAGCAUUGGUGUUGAUCAUCACAUUGUUCUGUUCAAUCUCCAUCACCGUUGCCGCUUCUCGUUGUACCUGGGCAUUUGCUCGUGAUGAUGCAAUUCCCGGUGCACGUUGGUGGGCAAAAGUUCAUCCUUCUUUAGGUGUCCCAGUGGAAAGUUUAAUUUUGAUCACAAUCGUUCAAAUGUUAUUGGGCAUCAUUAAUAUCGGUUCAACAAGUGCAUUUACCGCUUUCAUUUCCGUUGGUGUGGUCGCUUUGGCUUUAAGUUAUGGUAUUCCAAUCGCAAUCAGUAUGUUGGACGGAAGAAAGGAAGUCAAGAAAGCAGUUUUUCAUCUACCUUCCCCUCUUGGUUGGGCAGUCAAUUCGAUCAGUGUGGUUUGGAUCUUAUUCGAAUUGGUUUUGUUUUGCAUGCCAGGUGCCUUACCAGUAACCAAGGUUUCGAUGAAUUAUGCUUCGGUUGUGUUGGUGGGAUUAUCGAGUAUCGCUUUGGCAUGGUACUUUAUUCAUUCUCGAAAGAAUUACAAAGGUCCUCCAGAAGAAAACUUGUGA